AUGUCUGACGGAGUCGGGGGCGAAGACAACAGCGGCUCCAUGGAGGUGUCGGCCGUUCACACCGUGGCGGACGCCUCUGUGCUCCAGAAGCAUAUUCGCAAACUCGUCCCUCUGCUGCUGGAAGAUGGCGGCGAGGCCCCGGCCUCUCUGGAAACUUCCCUGGAGGAGAAGAGCACCGUGGAGCAGAUGAAAAAAUUCCUGGGCGAUCCUCAAGUCCACACUAUCUUAGUGGAGAGAAGCGCGCUGAAAGAGGACGUUGGCGACGAAGGAGAGGAAGAGAAGGAGUCCAUCACUUACAACAUCAGUAUCGAUAUUCAUUAUGGGCUGAAGUCUAACAGCUUGGCCCUGAUCAAGAGGACGGGCGUCAUCGACGCAGAUAAACCCAUUUCGACCCAAGUCCGCGUCCUGACGCUGAGCGAGGAUUCUCCGUACGAGACACUCCACUCAUUCAUCAGCAACGCAGUCGCUCCCUUCUUCAAGUCGUACAUCCGCGAAUCUGGAAAGGCGGAUAGGGAUGGAGACAAAAUGGCGCCUUCUGUGGAGAAAAAGAUCGCAGAGCUGGAGAUGGGCCUCCUGCACUUGCAGCAGAACAUCGAGAUCCCAGAGAUCAGUUUGCUCAUCCACCCCAUCAUCACUAACAUCGCCAAGCAGUGCUACGAGCGUGGCGAGAAGCCUAAAGUGACUGACUUUGGUGACAAAGUGGAAGACCCCAGCUUCUUGAACCAGCUACAGUCUGGAGUCAACCGCUGGAUCAGAGAAAUUCAGAAAGUGACAAAGCUGGACCGUGACCCGGCAUCAGGUACGGCCCUCCAGGAGAUCAGUUUCUGGCUCAAUCUGGAGCGAGCUCUCAACAGGAUCCAGGAGAAGAGGGAGAGCCCGGAAGUUCUGCUCACGCUGGACAUUCUAAAGCACGGCAAACGUUUCCACGCUACUGUCAGUUUCGAUACAGACACGGGUCUGAAACAGGCCGUAGAAACCGUCAAUGACUACAACCCUCUAAUGAAAGACUUUCCACUUAAUGAUCUGCUCUCCGCUUCUGAGCUGGACAAGAUCCGUCAGGCUCUGAUGGCCAUAUUCACCCACUUGAAGAAGAUUAGGAACACCAAGUACCCGAUCCAGAGAGCCCUGCGUCUUGUCGAGGCCAUAUCCAGGGAUUUGAGUUCACAGCUCUUGAAGGUGUUGGGCACCAGGAAACUCAUGCACGUCGCCUACGAGGAAUUUGAGAAGGUGAUGGUGGCCUGCUUCGAGGUAUUCCAGACCUGGGAGGACGAGUAUGAGAAACUCCAGGUGCUCUUAAGGGACAUCGUCAAGCGGAAGAGAGAAGAGAACCAUAAGAUGGUAUGGCGCCUGAGCCCCGCCCACAGGAAGCUCCAGUCGCGCCUGGAUCACAUGAGACGCUUCAGGAAGCAGCAUGAGCAGCUGAGGGCCGUCAUUGUCCGUGUGCUGAGGCCUCAAGUUUCCGCCGUGCCGCAGCACGCCCCUGGAGAAACUGUAGAGCCGCAGGACAUGAAGGUAGCAGGAGUCCUCUUCGACGCAGCUGAUGCCAACGCUAUCGAGGAGGUUAACCUUGCCUAUGAGAACGUCAAAGAGGUGGACGGCUUGGAUGUGUCCAAAGAGGGCAUGGAAGCUUGGGAAGCUGCCAUGAAGCGCUACGACGAGCGGAUUGACCGCGUGGAGACCCGCAUCACCGCUCGCCUGCGCGACCAGCUAGGCACAGCCAAGAAUGCCAACGAGAUGUUCCGCAUCUUCUCCCGCUUUAACGCGCUCUUUGUGCGCCCGCACAUCCGCGGCGCUAUCCGCGAAUACCAGACGCAGCUCAUCCAGCGUGUGAAGGACGACAUCGAGUCGCUGCACGACAAGUUCAAGGUGCAGUACCCGCAGAGCCAGGCGUGCAAGAUGAGCCACGUGCGAGACCUGCCUCCCGUGUCGGGAUCCAUCAUCUGGGCCAAGCAGAUCGAUCGCCAGCUGACUGCGUACAUGAAAAGAGUGGAGGAUGUUCUCGGCAAGGGCUGGGAGAAUCACGUAGAGGGGCUCAAGUUGAAGCAGGACGGAGAUAGCUUCAGGGCCAAGCUCAACACUCAAGAGAUUUUUGACGACUGGGCACGCAAGGUGCAGCAGCGUAACCUUGGGGUAUCCGGCCGCAUCUUUACCAUCGAGAGCACUCGUGCCCGAGGUCGCACGGGAAACAUCCUGAAACUCAAAGUCAACUUCCUCCCGGAGAUCAUUACUCUGUCUAAAGAAGUGCGCAACCUCAAGUGGCUGAGCUUCCGCGUGCCGCUGGCCAUCGUCAACAAGGCCCACCAAGCCAACCAGCUCUACCCGUUUGCCAUCUCGCUGAUCGAAAGCGUGCGCACCUACGAGCGUACUUGCGAGAAGGUGGAGGAGAGGUCCUCCAUUUCGCUGUUGGUGGCCGGCCUAAAGAAGGAAGUCCAGGCGCUCAUUACCGAGGGGAUCACUCUGGUGUGGGAGUCCUACAAGCUGGACCCUUACGUUCAGAGGCUGGCUGAGACUGUCUUCAACUUUCAGGAGAAGGUUGAUGACCUUCUGCUAAUUGAGGAGAAAAUAGAUCUGGAGGUCCGCUCCCUGGAUACCUGCAUGUUUGACCACAAAACGUUCUCGGACAUUCUCAAUCGGGUCCAAAAAGCUGUGGACGACCUCAACUUGCACUCCUAUUCCAACUUGCCCAUCUGGGUCAACAAGCUCGACAUUGAGAUUGAGCGGAUUCUGGGAGUGCGUCUGCAGGCAGGACUCAAAGCCUGGACCCAGGUGCUACGCGGGCAAGUGGAGGAUAAAGCCGACGUAGACAUGGACACAGAGGCUCCUCAAGUGAGCCACAAGCCAGGUGGCGAGCCUAAGAUCAAGAAUGUAGUGCACGAGCUGCGGAUCACUAACCAGGUCAUCUACCUGAACCCGCCCAUUGAAGAUUGUCGCCACAAGCUCUACCAAGAAAUGUUUUCCUGGAAGAUGGUCAUCCUUUCUCUUCCCAGAAUCCAGAGCCAGAGAUACCAAGUCGGGGUCCACUAUGAGUUAUCAGAGGAGGAGAAAUUCUACCGCAAUGCUUUGACCAGGAUGCCUGAUGGACCAGUGGCCUUGGAGGAGGCCUACAGUGCUGUGGAAGACAUAGUGGGGGAGGUGGAGCAGUAUGUCAGGGUAUGGCUGCAGUACCAGUGCUUGUGGGACAUGCAGGCUGAGAACAUCUACAACCGUCUGGGUGAGGACCUCACCAAGUGGCAGGCCCUUCUUGUCCAGAUCCGCAAAGCGCGUGGAACCUUUGACAAUGCAGAGACGCGUAAAGAGUUUGGACCGGCAGUCAUUGACUACGGAAAGGUACAGUCAAAGGUGAAUUUGAAGUACGAUUCCUGGCACAAAGAGGUACUCAGCAAGUUUGGCCAGAUGCUUGGUCAGAACAUGCAGGACUUUCAUGCCCAAAUCUCCAAGUCUCGUCAAGACCUGGAGCAACAUUCCGUGGACACGGCCAGCACGUCGGAUGCCGUCAACUUUAUCACUUAUGUCCAGACUCUCAAACGCAAAAUCAAGCAGUUUGAGAAAAAUGUGGACUUGUUCCGUAACGGGCAACGCUUGCUGGAAAAGCAAAGAUUCCAGUUCCCUCCGUCUUGGCUCUACAUCGAUAACAUCGAGGGUGAAUGGGGUGCCUUCAGUGACAUCAUGAAGCGCAAGGACACCGCUAUCCAGCAGCAGGUCGCCAACCUGCAGAUGAAGAUUGUUCAGGAGGACAAGGCUGUUGAAAACCGCACCACUGACCUGCUCAAUGAGUGGGAGAAGACCAAACCAGUUGCUGGUAACUUGCGACCUGAGGAGGCUCUUCAGUCUCUAACCAUCUACGAAGGAAACUUCGGUCGUCUAAAGGUUGAAAGAGAGAAGUGCGCUCGUGCAAAGGAGGCCCUGGAGCUCACUGACACUGGCCUGCUAAGCGGCAGUGAAGAGAGGGUUCAGGUAGCGCUUGAGGAGUUACAUGACCUGAAGGAGGUGUGGUCUGAGCUUUCCAAGGUGUGGGAGCAGAUUGACCAGAUGAAGGAGCAGCCGUGGGUGUCAGUUCAACCUCGCAAGCUUCGUCAAAACCUAGAUGCUCUUCUGAACCAGCUGAAGAACUUCCAAGCCAGGCUAAGACAGUAUGCUUCCUAUGAGUAUGUCCAAAGGCUCCUUAAGGGAUAUCUCAAGGUAAACAUGUUAGUGAUCGAGCUGAAGUCGGAGGCUUUGAAGGACCGUCAUUGGAAGCAGCUGAUGAAGCGUCUGCACGUCAACUGGGUGCUGUCGGAACUGACCCUGGGUCAGAUCUGGGACGUGGAUCUGCAGAAGAAUGAGAUGGUCGUCAAAGACGUGCUCCUGGUGGCUCAGGGAGAGAUGGCUCUGGAGGAGUUCCUCAAACAGAUCCGUGAGGUGUGGAACUCCUACGAGCUUGACUUGGUCAAUUACCAGAAUAAGUGUCGACUGAUCAGAGGAUGGGACGACCUCUUCAACAAAGUCAAAGAACACAUCAACAGCGUGUCUGCGAUGAAGUUGUCACCGUACUACAAGGUGUUUGAGGAAGACGCUCUGAGCUGGGAGGACAAACUGAAUCGCAUCAUGGCUCUGUUUGACGUUUGGAUCGAUGUCCAGCGUCGAUGGGUUUACCUGGAGGGCAUCUUCACAGGCAGUGCUGACAUCAAACAUCUGCUUCCUGUAGAAACGCAGAGAUUCCAAAGUAUCAGCACAGAGUUCUUGGCCCUGAUGAAGAAAGUGACAAAGUCUCCACUGGUGAUGGAUGUGCUAAACAUACAAGGGGUGCAGAGGUCUCUAGAGAGGCUGGCUGACCUUCUGGGAAAAAUCCAGAAGGCCCUGGGAGAAUAUCUGGAGAGGGAAAGAUCCUCAUUUCCAAGAUUCUACUUCGUGGGUGAUGAGGACCUGCUGGAGAUCAUUGGCAACAGCAAGAAUGUGGCCAAACUGCAGAAGCACUUCAAAAAGAUGUUUGCAGGCGUCUCCAGUAUAUUGCUGAAUGAGGACAACACAGAGGUGUUGGGCAUAUCAUCCCGCGAGGGCGAGGAAGUAGUUUAUAAGACGCCCGUCUCCAUCACGGAGCACCCCAAGAUCAACGAGUGGCUCACUUUGGUAGAGAAGGAGAUGAGGGUGACAUUGGCCAAGCUGCUGGCAGAGUCAGUCACAGAAGUCACGGGCUUCAAUAAAGGCACCGCUGUUGACCUGAGCCAGUACAUCAACUGGAUUGAUCGUUAUCAGGCUCAACUGGUGGUGCUAUCCACCCAAAUCGCCUGGUCUGAGAACAUAGAGUCCGCCUUGACGACCGUCGCCGGCGGUGGGGACAUGAGCCCCAUGCAGGGGGUGCUGUCCAAUGUGGAGGCGACACUUAACGUGCUGGCUGACACUGUGCUGAUGGAGCAACCUCCACUUCGCAGGAGGAAACUAGAACACCUGAUCACCGAGCUGGUGCACCAACGUGACGUGACCAGGACUCUGAUCAAGAACAAAAUCGACAACCCCAAGUCCUUCGAGUGGCUGAGUCAAAUGCGCUUCUACUUCGACCCCAAGCAGACCGAUGUGCUUCAGCAGCUAUCCAUCCAGAUGGCCAAUGCCAAAUUCAACUACGGCUUUGAGUACUUGGGCGUCCAGGAUAAGCUUGUCCAGACACCACUGACUGACCGCUGCUAUCUGACCAUGACUCAAGCGCUAGAAGCUCGCCUCGGAGGAUCGCCGUUCGGUCCUGCUGGCACAGGAAAAACAGAGUCUGUAAAAGCUUUGGGUCACCAGCUUGGUCGCUUUGUCUUGGUCUUCAACUGCGAUGAAACUUUUGACUUCCAGGCCAUGGGUCGUAUCUUCGUGGGACUGUGUCAGGUCGGCGCUUGGGGUUGCUUUGACGAGUUCAAUCGUCUGGAGGAGAGAAUGCUUUCUGCCGUCUCCCAGCAAGUCCAGUAUAUCCAAGUGGCCUUGAGGGAACACAGCAACCCCAACAGAGACAGGAGUGUGCCCGUCACCACAGAGCUUCUUAACAAGCAGGUGAAGGUGAGCCCGGACAUGGCCAUCUUCAUCACCAUGAAUCCUGGCUACGCCGGCCGAUCCAACCUGCCCGACAACUUGAAGAAGCUCUUCCGCAGCUUGGCCAUGACCAAGCCAGACCGCCAGCUUAUCGCCCAGGUCAUGCUUUACUCACAAGGUUUCCGCACGGCCGAGAUCCUCGCCAAGAAGAUUGUGCCCUUCUUCAAACUGUGCGACGAGCAGCUGUCGUCCCAAAGUCACUACGAUUUCGGGCUGCGAGCUCUCAAAAGCGUGUUGAUCAGCGCUGGCAACGUGAAGCGUGAACGCAUCCAGAGAAUCAAAAGGGAGAAGCUUGAACGCGGGGAAGUCGUGGAUGAAAAUGAGAUUGCGGAGAACCUGCCUGAACAAGAAAUUCUGAUCCAGAGUGUGUGCGAGACCAUGGUUCCCAAGCUGGUUGCGGAGGACAUUCCUCUCCUGUUCAGCCUCUUGUCCGACGUCUUUCCCGGCGUGCAGUACAUGCGCGGCGAGAUGACUGCGCUGAGGGAGGAGCUGAAAAAGGUCUGCAAGGAGAUGUACCUCACUUACGGCGAUGGUGAUGAAGUGGGCAGUAUGUGGGUAGAGAAGGUACUCCAACUAUACCAGAUAACACAGAUCAACCACGGUCUCAUGAUGGUGGGACCUUCAGGAAGUGGCAAGACUAUGGCAUGGAGGGUGCUACUCAAAGCCCUGGAAAGAUUGGAAGGCGUUGAGGGGGUGGCCCACAUUAUUGACCCCAAAGCCAUAAGCAAGGACCACCUGUAUGGAACACUGGAUCCCAACACACGCGAAUGGACUGACGGCUUGUUUACACACAUUCUCAGAAAGAUCAUUGACAACGUAAGAGGUGAAUUGCAAAAGCGACAGUGGAUCAUCUUUGACGGAGACGUUGACCCUGAGUGGGUUGAAAAUCUCAACUCAGUCUUGGACGACAAUAAGCUACUCACGCUUCCCAACGGAGAACGUCUCAGCUUGCCGCCAAAUGUGCGUGUUAUGUUUGAGGUCCAGGACCUGAAGUACGCUACUCUGGCCACUGUCUCCCGCUGUGGUAUGGUGUGGUUCAGCGAGGACGUGCUCAGCACGGACAUGAUCUUCAACAACUUCCUGGCGCGUUUUCGGAGCAUUCCCCUGGACGAGGGAGAGGACGAGGCGCAGCGAAAUCGGAAAGGCACAGAAGACGAAGAAGAGACCGCUUCACCCAUGUUGCAGAUCCAGCGUGACGCCGCCACCAUCUUGCAGCCAUACUUCACCUCCACCGGACUCGUCAUUAAGGCCUUGGAGCAUGCCUCCAAGUUGGAGCACAUCAUGGACUUCACCCGCUUGCGCUGCUUGGGUUCCCUUUGUUCCAUGCUGCACCAGGCUUGCCGCAAUGUAGCACUCUACAACAACAACCACCCCGACUUUCCGAUGCCCAUUGAUCAACUAGAGCGAUACAUGCAGAGGUAUCUGAUCUACGCCGUACUGUGGUCCUUCUCUGGCGAUGGAAGGCUCAAAAUGAGAGCUGAGCUUGGGGAAUACAUCCGUCGUAUAACCACUGUGCCCCUCCCCACCGCACCCAACAUUCCCAUUAUUGACUAUGAGGUUUGUAUCUCAGGAGAGUGGCAGUCUUGGCAGGGCAAAGUGCCACAGAUCGAGGUAGAGACCCACAAGGUGGCCUCGCCAGAUGUAGUGGUCCCAACCCUGGACACUGUUCGCCAUGAGGCUUUGCUGUACACCUGGCUGGCCGAGCACAAACCGUUGGUGCUGUGUGGACCUCCUGGCUCAGGAAAGACCAUGACGCUGUUCAGCGCUCUCCGGGCCUUACCUGAUAUGGAGGUUGUUGGUCUAAACUUCUCCAGUGCCACCACCCCAGAACUGUUGCUCAAGACCUUUGACCACUACUGUGAAUACCGUCGUACUCCCAACGGUGUGGUCCUUGCGCCCGUGCAGCUCGGCAAGUGGUUGGUGUUGUUCUGCGAUGAGAUCAAUCUACCCGACAUGGACAAGUACGGCACGCAGAGAGUUAUCUCCUUCCUCAGACAGAUGGUUGAACACGGAGGGUUCUACCGCACGUCGGACCAAACUUGGGUCAAACUAGAGAGGAUCCAAUUUGUCGGUGCAUGUAAUCCUCCCACGGAUCCAGGCAGAAAGCCCCUCACACACAGGUUCCUCCGUCACGUCCCUAUCGUGUACGUGGAUUACCCCGGACCAGCCUCUCUCACUCAGAUUUAUGGCACUUUCAACCGGGCCAUGCUGCGCCUGAUUCCCUCUCUAAGGACCUAUGCCGAACCUCUUACUGCUGCCAUGGUUGAGUUCUACACCAUGUCUCAGGAGCGGUUCACUCAAGACACGCAGCCUCACUAUAUCUACUCUCCAAGAGAGAUGACCCGCUGGGUGAGGGGCAUCUUUGAGGCUCUGCGACCACUUGAGACCCUCCCAGUUGAAGGCCUUAUCCGGAUAUGGGCUCACGAGGCUCUCCGCCUCUUCCAGGAUAGGCUUGUUGGUGAUGACGAGAGAAGGUGGACAGAUGAAAAUAUUGACAUGGUUGCACUCAAACACUUCCCCAACAUUGACAAGGAGAAGGGUCUCAGCAGACCUAUCCUCUACAGCAACUGGCUCUCAAAGGACUAUAUCCCAGUGGAGCAGGAGGAGUUGAGAGACUAUGUGAAGGCCCGUCUUAAGGUCUUCUAUGAGGAGGAGCUUGAUGUCCCACUGGUACUCUUCAAUGAGGUGUUGGACCACGUCCUCAGAAUCGAUCGAAUCUUCCGUCAGCCACAAGGACAUCUGCUGUUGAUUGGUGUUAGCGGAGCAGGGAAGACGACUCUAUCUCGCUUUGUUGCCUGGAUGAACGGACUUAGCGUUUACCAAAUCAAGGUUCACAGGAAAUACACCGGUGAAGACUUUGAUGAGGAUCUCCGUACCGUGCUGCGACGCUCUGGUUGCAAGAAUGAGAAAAUCGCCUUUAUCAUGGACGAGUCGAAUGUGCUGGAUUCCGGCUUUCUUGAGAGAAUGAACACUCUGCUUGCCAACGGAGAGGUCCCUGGUUUGUUCGAGGGAGACGAGUAUGCCACCCUGAUGACGCAGUGUAAGGAGGGCGCUCAGAAAGAGGGGCUAAUGCUUGACACCCACGAAGAGCUAUACAAGUGGUUUACCAGCCAGGUUAUCAGGAACCUGCAUGUUGUUUUCACUAUGAACCCUUCAUCGGAGGGUUUGAAGGACAGGGCUGCCACAUCUCCCGCCCUCUUCAACAGGUGUGUGCUGAACUGGUUCGGAGACUGGUCCACUGAGGCACUUUACCAGGUGGGCAAGGAGUUCACCAGCAAAAUGGACCUGGAGAAGCCCAACUACAAAGUGCCAGACUACAUGCCCAUCGUCUAUGACAAACUUCCCCAGCCGCCAUCUCACAGGGAGGCCAUCGUCAACGGCUGCGUCUUUGUACACCAGACACUUCACCAGGCUAACAACCGUUUGGCUAAGCGAGGCGGUCACACCAUGGCCAUCACUCCUCGCCACUACUUGGACUUCAUCAACCAGUAUGCCAAUUUGUUCAAUGAGAAACGCAGUGAGUUGGAGGAGCAGCAGAUGCAUCUCAACGUUGGUCUCCGGAAGAUCAAGGAGACUGUCGAUCAGGUAGAGGAACUUCGUCGCGACCUACGAAUUAAGAGCCAGGAGCUGGAGGCAAAGAACGACGCUGCCAAUGACAAGUUGAAGAAGAUGAUUAAAGACCAGCAGGAAGCUGAGAAGAAAAAGGUGAUGAGCCAGGAAAUCCAGGAAGCCGUCUACAAGCAGCAGGAGGUUAUCAAAGACAAGCAGCUGAGUGUCAAACAGGAUUUAGACCAGGUGGAGCCGGCUGUCAUUGAGGCUCAAAAUGCUGUUAAGUCCAUUAAGAAGCAGCACCUGGUGGAGGUGCGUUCCAUGGCCAACCCACCCGCGGCCGUCAAGCUGGCCCUGGAGUCCAUCUGCUUGCUCUUGGGCGAGAGCACCACAGACUGGAAACAGAUCCGCUCCAUCAUCAUGAAGGAGAACUUCAUUCCAACUAUUGUUAACUUCUCUGCCGAUGAGAUCAGUGAUUCUAUCCGCGAAAAGAUGAAGAAGAACUACCUGUCCAACCCGAGCUACAAUUACGACCAAGUCAACCGAGCCUCACUGGCUUGUGGACCAAUGGUGAAAUGGGCAAUUGCUCAGCUCAACUAUGCUGACAUGCUGAAACGCGUGGAGCCACUGCGGAACGAGCUUCAGAAGCUCGAGGACGACGCCACGGACAACAAGACAAAGGCAGAGGAGGUGGAGCAGAUGAUCAGGGACUUGGAAUCUAGCAUUGCUCGCUACAAGGAGGAGUAUGCUGUGCUGAUCUCCGAGGCCCAGGCCAUCAAAGCUGAUUUAGCUGCGGUGGAGGCCAAGGUGAACCGCAGUACAGCUCUGCUAAAGAGUCUGUCAGCGGAGCGGGAACGCUGGGAAAAGACCAGCGAGACGUUCAAGAACCAGAUGUCAACUAUAGCUGGAGAUUGUCUGCUUUCGGCGGCCUUUAUCACAUACGCCGGAUACUUUGAACAACAGAUGAGACAAAACCUCUUCACCACUUGGUCUCAUCACCUGCAGCAAGCCAAUAUACAGUUCCGCACCGACAUUGCUAGGACAGAGUACCUCUCCAAUGCAGAUGAGAGGCUUCGCUGGCAGGCCAACUCUCUUCCAGCUGAUGACCUGUGUACAGAAAAUGCCAUCAUGCUCAAGAGAUUCAACAGGUACCCACUUAUUAUCGAUCCAUCCGGCCAAGCCACCGAGUUCAUCAUGAAUGAGUACAAAGACCGGAAAAUCACCCGCACCAGCUUCUUGGAUGACGCCUUCAGGAAGAACCUGGAGAGCGCCCUGCGUUUUGGAAACCCGCUGCUGGUUCAGGACGUAGAGAGUUACGACCCCAUCCUGAAUCCGGUCUUGAACAGAGAGGUCCGGCGAACAGGAGGCCGUGUGCUCAUCACUCUGGGAGACCAGGAUAUUGAUCUGUCGCCGUCGUUUGUAAUCUUCCUCUCCACGCGAGACCCCACGGUGGAGUUCCCACCAGACUUGUGUUCUCGCGUGACGUUCGUCAACUUCACCGUGACUCGCAGCAGUCUGCAGAGCCAGUGUCUCAACGAGGUUCUAAAAGCGGAAAGGCCUGACGUGGAUGAGAAACGCUCGGACCUUCUCAAACUGCAGGGUGAGUUCCAGCUACGUUUGCGACAGCUGGAGAAAUCGCUACUGCAGGCCCUCAACGAGGUGAAGGGACGAAUCCUUGACGACGACACCAUUAUCACCACGCUGGAGAACUUGAAGAAGGAGGCGGCGGAGGUAACCAGGAAGGUGGAGGAGACGGACAUCAUCAUGGCCGAGGUGGAGGCCGUGUCGCAGCAGUAUCUGUCCCUGUCGUCCGCUUGCAGCAGCAUCUACUUCACCAUGGAAGCGCUCAACCAGAUUCACUUCCUGUACCAGUAUUCUCUUCACUUUUUCCUGGACACCUACCAUACUGUGCUGUAUGAGAACUCCAACCUUAAGGGCAUCAGUGACCACUCGCAAAGACUUGGUGUCAUCACAAAGGACCUCUUCCAGGUGGCGUUCAACAGGGUUGCCAGAGGAAUGUUGCACCAGGACCACAUCACGUUUGCCAUGUUGCUGGCUAAGAUCAGCCUCAAGGGAAUGACCAGCGAGCCCUCAUACGAUGCGGAGUUCCAGCACUUCCUCCGUGGAAAGGAGAUUGUGCUUACAGGCACAUCCCUGCCUAAGGUGAAGGGUUUGACCUCAGAGCAAAGCGAGGCUAUGGUCCGCCUCGGUCGUUUGCCGGCGUUCAAAGACCUGGUGACGAAAAUUCAGUCGGAUGAGCAAAUCUUCAUGUGGCUCGAGAGUAACACUCCGGAACUCGCCGUUCCCUACUUGUGGACUGAGGAGAAGCAAUCCACUCCCAUCGGCCAAGCGGUGCACCAGCUGCUGUUGAUUCAGACAUUCCGUCCGGACCGUCUGUUGGCUAUGUCGCACAUCUUUGUGGCCAAGGUUCUAGGAGAGGCCUUCAUGAGCAUCAUUGAGCAGCCCAUCGAUCUGGCUAACAUCGUGGAUAGCGAGGUGAAGCCCAGCACGCCAGUGCUCAUGUGUUCGGUCCCGGGUUACGAUGCCAGUGGCCUGGUGCGAGAUUUGGCUGCAGAACAGAAUAAACAAAUCACUUCAAUCUCCAUCGGUUCGGCCGAGGGCUUCAACAAAGCCGAUAGAGACAUCAACACGGCCGUUAAGUCUGGUAGAUGGGUGAUGUUGGAGAACGUCCACUUGGCUCCCGGCUGGCUGAUGCAGCUGGAGAAAAAGCUCCACUCCAUGCAGCCUCACGCCAGUUUCAGGCUCUUCUUGACCAUGGAGAUCAAUCCCAAGGUCCCAGUGAACUUGCUUCGUGCUGGUCGUAUCUUUGUAUUCGAGCCCCCUCCUGGUGUAAAGGCCAACAUGUUGCGCACCUUCAGUAGCAUCCCCGUUGCUCGCAUGUGCAAGGCUCCCAACGAGCGUGCCCGUUUAUACUUCCUGCUGGCCUGGUUCCACGCCGUCAUCCAGGAACGUCUACGUUACGCGCCAUUGGGCUGGUCCAAAAAGUACGAGUUUGGAGAGUCUGACCUGCGCUCGGCCUGCGAUACCGUCGACACCUGGCUCGACGACACCGCUAAGGGUCGUCAGAAUAUCGCCCCAGACAAGAUUCCCUGGGCCGCUCUCAAGACCCUGAUGGCUCAAUCUAUCUACGGCGGCCGCAUCGAUAACGAGUUUGACCAGCGUCUGCUGAACACUUUCCUGGAGCGCAUUUUCACAAAGGGAAGCUUCGACAGCGAGUUCAAACUAGCGCUCAAAGUGGACGGCCACAAAGACAUCAAGAUGCCCGACGGCAUUCGUCGCGAGGAGUUCAUGCACUGGGUGGAGAUGCUUCCCGACACUCAGACGCCAUCUUGGCUGGGGUUGCCUAGCAAUGCGGAGAAAGUCUUGCUCACCACUCAGGGCACUGACAUGAUGGGUAAGAUGCUGAAAAUGCAGAUGUUGGAGGAUGAGGAUGACCUCGCCUACGAGACUGAGAAGAAAGAGCGCACGUCGUCCACCGCGGACGCCCAGCCGGCCUGGAUGAGGACACUGCACACCACCGCCGGCAACUGGCUGCAGCUCAUGCCCCAAACUGUCAAUCCCCUCAAACGCACAGUGGAGAACAUCAAGGACCCGCUUUUCCGCUUCUUUGAGCGCGAGGUGAAGAUGGGCGGUAAGAUGCUACAGGAAGUCCGCCAGGAUCUGUCAGAUGUGGUGCAGGUGUGCCAGGGCAAGAAAAAGCAGACCAACUACCUGCGCACUCUUAUUAGUGACCUGGUGAAAGGCAUCCUCCCUCGCAGCUGGUGUCGUUACACCGUGCCCAUCUCCAUGACAGUCAUCCAAUGGGUGGCGGACUUCAGCGAGCGCAUCAAGCAGCUGCAGCAGAUCUCCCAGGGCGCCGCUAGUGGAGGCGCUAAGGAACUCAAGAACAUCCACGUGUGCCUGGGAAGCCUGUUUGUGCCAGAGGCAUACAUCACCGCCACUCGCCAGUAUGUGGCGCAAGCCAACAGCUGGUCUCUGGAGGAGCUUUGUCUGGAGGUCAACGUCACCAACGCCCAGGGUGCCACUCUGGACGCGUGUAGCUUCGGCAUCAAAGGACUUAAACUGCAGGGGGCGACGUGUGCCAACAACAAGCUGUCCCUGUCUACGUCAAUCUCCACCGAGCUGCCUCUCACUCAGCUACGCUGGAUCAAGCAAGGUGGCGAGAAGAGAAACACGGUAGGAAGAGCGCCAUUGGUAACUCUGCCCGUGUACCUGAACUUCACCAGGUCCGACCUGAUCUUCACCGUAGACUUCGACAUCGCCACUAAAGAGGAUCCGCACAGCUUCUAUGAGCGCGGCGUGGCUGUCCUGUGCACCGAGUAA